UCUCAUUAGGUGUCCCAGAUACAACAAAAGGAUUUUUGGAUCAUCCGCCAUUGCCUGCUGAUGGAUCGAUGGUCAACAAACCUUCUAGUAAAGAUCAACAAAAUUUAUUGACACGAUCAGGCAAUCUAAUCACAGAAAUUGCUGCAAAUAGAACAAGUAAAGAUAAACCAAAUAUCAAUGACGCAUGUCCAACACUAAAAGAAAAAAAGCAAUGGUUUUUUGAUGAUCAGAUCACAUCAUUAUCUACAGCUACAGAUCCUCAAACAUCAUCACCGUUAUUACUCGUUGGCCAGCCUGGCGGCCAUUUUAUGAAAAUAGACAAAAAUGAGAAUCUAACCUGUCCUACUCAAGUGUCAAAUGAUUUACAAUGUCCUGAUGAAUCAACGGAAGUUUCAACAGAAUUAGCGAAAGGAAUAAAAUGGAAAAAUGGCAAAAGUUAUGAUGUCAUUGUUCUCGUUACUAUGGAUGGCAACUUCUCCUUCUUUGACCUUCAAACAUCAACCAUGUCACGUCAUGAAUUACAAGUGACACACAAGCUUUUUGGGGUAACCGCUAUAGAUUUUUUCUGUGAUGAAACUGAAAUAUCGUCAAAAGGACGGGAUGAUGACGUGUUUGUCGCAUGUACGUGGAACGGUAAUACUUAUAUAAUUGACCGAGAUUUUAAUGUGGUCAAAUUUGAAUUUGAAGGUCGAGUUUGUGCAUUCGCCGCUGGUAAAUAUGCCGUAGUGCCAGGUUGUAAUGUUCCAUGCUUCAUGUAUGUUGAUUUUGAAGACCACAUAACUGUGUAUCACAACUUGCGGAUUAAUACGAAGCCUGUACAAAAUUUCAUGGAAGUAAUGAAUGACCAAGUCAGUCAGCAAUGUUUGUACAAAUUAGAUGAUUAUAAUACCGUAAAAGAAAGUCUUGAGGAAAAAAUUAAAGAGUUGAAAAGAGUGAAACACGAACAGAUUGAAAAAGCAGAGAGUGAAACGUUAAAUGAAGAACUAACAAGUGAAACAUUAAAUGAAGAACUAACAGGUGAAACAUUAAAUGAAGAACUAAAAGUGCAGGAAACAUAG